CUCAUAUACAACUGCUGAGACUGACUAACCUAGUAACCAUGAGGAAGUCAUAGUUCUAGAUUAAUAUCCUGAAGAAAUUGAAGUACUCUAUAAUUCAGUCUUUUCCCCACCCACCCACUUACCUGCCUCAGCUAGCCCAGUUGCCAGAAGGAACUUAUAGUAAAGUAGCAAGAAGAUAUGGCUCAUCUGGGUGAACAUAAAUGGACACAUGUGUUCCCUUUUCUGGUGGUGUCGCUGGUGUACUCUGCUAAUGCUGAGUAUUCUAACUGCGGUGAAAAUGAAUACUAUAACCAGACCACUGGAAUGUGCCAUGAUUGUCCCCAGUGCAAGCCAGGAGAAGAGCCUUAUAUGACUUGUGGCUAUGGCACCAAAGAUGAAGACUAUGGCUGCGUUCCUUGCCCGUCUGAAAAGUUUUCUAAAGGAGGUUACCAGAUAUGCAGGCGUCACAAAGAUUGUGAGGGAUUUUUUCGAGCCACUGUCAUGACACCUGGUGAUACAGAGAAUGAUGCAGAAUGUGGGCCUUGUCUCCCUGGUUACUACAUGUUGGAAAACAGACCCAGGAACAUCUAUGGCAUGGUUUGCUACUCAUGCUUGUUGGCACCUCCUAAUACCAAGGAAUGUGCUGGCAUGACCUCUGGUGUUUCAGCUAUUUUCCCAAGUACCUCUGGCACAAACACACUCUCACCUUUUCAGCAUGCACACAAAGCAGAUCUUUCAGGACAAGGGCAUCUGGCUACUGCUCUAAUAAUUGCCAUGUCUACAAUAUUCAUAAUGGCUAUUGCCAUUGUCUUGAUCAUCAUGUUUUACAUUGUGAAAACAAAACCUUCUGGUCAAGCCUGUUGCACCAGCCAUUCAGUAAAAACAGUUGAAGCCCAAGCCAAUAUGCAAGAAGAGAAGACAGACGUACAAGAAAAUGUUGUGAUUUUCUCAGAGAAAGAGGAGUUUGAAAAACUGACAGCAACUCCAGUUAAGACUGUUAAAAGUGAAAAUGACGCAUCUUCUGAGAAUGAACGACUUUUAAGCCGAAGCAUGGACAGUGAUGAAGAAGCUGCUGUUGAUAAACAAGGGACCCCAGACCUGUGUUUGUUAUCUUUAGUUCAUCUCACCAGGGACAAAUCUUCUACAAAUAACAAAUCAACUGGGAUUCAAAGUCGAAGGAAAAAGAUACUUGAUGUGUAUGUCAACGUAUGUGGUGUUGCUGAAGGUCUCAGUCCCACAGAGCUGCCAUUUGAUUGCCUGGAGAAGACCAGCAGGAUGCUCAGCUCAACGUACAACUCAGAAAAAGCUAUUGUGAAAACAUGGCGCCACCUUGCUGAGAGCUUUGGCCUAAAGAGGGAUGAAAUAGGCGGUAUGACAGAUGGCAUGCAACUCUUCGACCGCAUCAGCACAGCCGGCUACAGUAUCCCAGAACUUCUAACCAAACUAGUGCAAAUUGAGCGGUUAGAUGCUGUUGAGUCUUUGUGCGCAGAUAUUUUGGAGUGGGCACAAGUGAUGCCUUCACCUGAACCAGUGGUUACAUCCUGAUGUGAGCAUCAUUUCCAAAGAAUGUGCAAGAACAUUGAUACCAAGAGCGAUGGUUCAAAGACAUGGGGCACAGACUUAAAAGAAUAGGUGGUUUUCUCAUACACUACUCACAUUGACUCCAAAGACUAAAGUGGGGCAAGAUUUGCAACUGAAUUUAUCACCAACAAAAUAAACAAGGGCAAAAAUUCUUCUUUGAAGCUCAACAUGAAAUAUUUAAUUAAACAGAAUGGCUUUUGUUAAACAGUUACUGAUAGUAAGUGGACACUAAUAUCCAUUUUUCACAAAGUUUACAAGUAUAGGUACAGGUCAAUCUGCUGAUAGCCUGUCUGGCUUUGAAGAAAGCCCAUUUAAUUACUGUCUAAGGAUAGUUCUAUCACCUUGGGCUCUGUUCAAUAAUUUAAAAUCUACAGUUAGAUACAGUACCAUGGAAUACAGAGAAAGCUUACAUAUUUCUACCAGCUCUAACACAUGUAAUUGUAACCAAUUGCAUUCCUUAUACAUACUACAGAUUUGUUGAAUCAAGAAGUUCUUAGAUUAACUUAUUAUUCUGUAUGAAAAAAGUUAC